CACAAAGAAUGAGGGUGGUCAUAAGAAUGACCAAAACAGAUUGCCUUUUGCCAAUAUUGCAUAUGCAUCAAAGAGAUGGAUAUAGUUCAAAAACCAUACUAUAAAGUUACCAGAUAUAUUAUAAUUGUAAUAGGAUUAAGUCGACAUCAUCCCAUGUGGUUCAAUUUAUUUUCAAAAUUUUACAUUCUUUUUAUUUAUCUUUCUUUUAUAGUUUUUCAGGUUGCAGGAUUGGUAAAAUCAUUCGGUAAUGUUGACAUGAUAUUGGAGUGCAUGUCGCCAAUAUGUUAUGUUUCAAUGAGUACAAUUCUUUAUAUAAAUAACAUUCUUCAAGUAAAACAAAUAAAUGUUAUUUUCUGGAAAAUAAAAACUGACUGGGACACGUUAACAUCAGAAGCUGAAGUUGAUAUUCUACAUAAAUAUGGGAGAAAAUGUCAAAUUUACACUAUUAUAUAUACUCUUGGAAUAUUUGGAAAUGUUAUAUUUUAUUAUUUUACACAUGGCAUUCCUCUGUUGAUUAAUAUUUUUCAAAAUAGUAAUAAACCCAAACCGCUGCUGUUUCUUAUUUAUUGUGGCGUAGAUUCACAAAAAUACUACUAUUUGAUAUUAUUUUACAGUUAUUUAGUUGGUUGGUUUUGUAGUUAUUCGAUUGCAAGUGGAGCUACUCUUCUUGUAAUGUUUCUUGAACAUGCUUGCGGAAUAUUUGAUAUUAUAGGGCAUAAGUUGUCUAUUGCUAUUAAAGAAAAUCCUGAUUCUUUUAAUGACAUUAGUUCUCGAAAAAAGCUUAAGAGGGAAAUUAAUCUUUGUGUGUCAAUGCACAGAAAAGUUCUAUUAUUUAUCAAUGAUAUUCAGACUGUUCUUUCAACUCCCUAUCUUUUUGUAUUUGGGUGUUGUAUAUUGUUGCUAAGCACGACGGGAGUCCAAUAUGUGAUGAAUAUGAAGGAGUCUGGUGAUGGAAUGAGGUUCGGAGUUUACGUAAUAUGUCAAGUAUUUCAUAUUUUUCUUUUAACACUACCAACUCAGCAUUUACUGGAUAACAGCCUUAAUCUUUCUAGCUCUAUAUACAAUGCAGAUUGGUACCAACUGUCAACUGAAACAAAAAAAUUGUUACUUAUAAUAAUGAGAAAAGUUUCUGAACCAACUACAUUUAUCAUUGGCAAAAUAUUCAUACUUUCAUUGCAAUUUUUUACGAAGGUUCUUCAAACAUCAAUGACAUAUUUCACAGUAUUGAGGUCUGCGCGAGGAUAAAAAGAAAUUUUUACUGUUCUUUAUGAAUAGUAAUUUAGAUAUUUGAAUAGUCUUUCAAAAAUCUUUAGUAGUAGACAAAAUGCUUAGACGAUCACACUUUAUAAAGAAUCGUAAUAUGGUAUUAAUUUAAUUUCAAUGCGUUGAAAUUGUUCAUCAUUAAACAUGAUCUUCAUUAAAUCGAUAAAUUGUAAUUAAGAAAAGAAAAAUUUUUUAUAGCGAGUUAUGUCGAGUCACGAUUACUUGAAAGUAAAUAAAACUUAUAAAAACCGCUAAUAUUUUGUUUAAUUAUAGAAAAACCUCAAUUUCAUUUCUAACGGCUUAAGAAAUAAUCAGCGACUGAAAUUCUAAGCACGGCACUCUUCAUAGCAGUUUGAAUUUUAAUUAAUUAAUUUUUUCAAACUGAAAAAUUGUAGAUCAAUAUAUCG